CUAGAAGCCCAGAACAAAGUCAUUCAGUCGCACGGUCACACACAGAGGAAACAUAGAGAGAGAGAGAGAGAGAGAGAGAGCACCAGGGGAGGUGAACACUCCAGACUACAUCUUCAUGGACGCUGUCUUGUUUUCUUCAUAACUGCACAGCUGCAUUUCACAUGCACUUCUAGCAACAGUUUGUCAAGGAUUCAGUUUUUCCCCAACUUGAUAUAAAGGCAGGAAGUGUCUUGAGAGCCAGUGACAGGAUCAAUAAUGAGUUCCAGGCAACGAUCCAGUCCGGACGUGAUCACCACAUGCCCCAGGCCAUCCGUACAUCUCUGCUCAUACUAAUUCCACCUGACUUUGGACUGAACGAACCGAAGACACCCUCAAACGAACUUUGAUAUUUGCGACCUCACCCUCCUCUCCAGCUCCUGCCAUGUGGUGGGGUUGGUUCUUGUGCCGCUGGUUGACCCUGGUAGUGCUGCUGGUGGUAGCAGACUGCGGAGGGGCUGAGCAAAGAAGAGGAGCAGAAGAAGGACUCAGAAGCUCCACAGCGAAAUCUAAUAGCAGCAGCGGUCGGAGAUAUCACCGGAUCCAACAAGGACAGUGUAGCUACACUUUUAUCCUUCCGGAGGGUGAUGGAGGCGCUUGUCGAGACUUUAAAGCGGGCACCCCGUACAAUGCCAAUGCACUUCAGCGGGACGCACCUCAACCUGAAGCAGACUUCUCCAACCAAAAGAUCCAGCAGCUUGAGCACGUCAUGGAGAACUAUACGCAGUGGUUACAAAAGAUUGAGAGCUACGUCAAAGACAAUAUGAAGACAGAAAUGGUGCAGUUACAACAGAGUGCCGUUCAUAACCACACGGCGGCCAUGUUAGAGAUGGGCACCAGUCUUCUCUCCCAAACAGCUGAGCAGACACGCAAGCUAACCGAUGUCGAGACACAGGUUUUAAAUCAGACUUCAAGGUUGGAAAUUCAGCUGCUGGAAAAUUCACUAUCCACCAACAAGCUGGAGAAACAACUUAUGAUACAGAUAAAUGAAAUCAACAAGAUCCAUGACAAGAAUGGUUUUCUGGAGGAAAAAAUGCAGGAGAUGGAGGACAGGCACAGAGAAGAGCUGGAGGCCCUUCGGGAGGAGAAGAGCAGUCUACAGACGCUGGUGAGCAGACAGAGCUCAGUGAUCCGGGAGCUGGAGGCUCAGCUGAGUCGCGCGACCGGUAACAGCACCGCCCUGCAGAGACAACAGCAGGACCUGAUGGAUACCGUACGCAACCUGCUCAGCCUCUGCGCCAAGGAUGGAGGCACAGCAUUGGUGCCAAACCUCACCAAGCAAGCUGACGAGGAGAGGAAGUUCCGGGACUGUGCCGACCUCUACCAAGCGGGAUUCCAGAAAAAUGGAGUUUACACUAUCAACAUUAGCCCACAAGAGACUAAAAAGGUGUACUGUAACAUGGAGACUGCGGGCGGAGGCUGGACUGUAAUCCAAAGACGUGAAGAUGGUAGCGUGGACUUUCAGAGAACAUGGAAAGAGUAUAAAAUGGGCUUUGGGAGUGUGUCGGCCGAACACUGGCUGGGAAAUGAGUUUGUGCACAUUCUGACCAAUCAGAAGCAGUAUGCCCUCCAUGUGGAGCUGACCGACUGGGACGGACACCAGGCCUUCUCUCAGUAUGACAGUUUCCACAUCGACAGUGAAAAACUAAAUUACAGGUUGUUCCUGAAGAGCCACAGCGGGACAGCGGGCAGACAGAGCAGUCUGGCGAUCCACGGCGCUGACUUCAGCACUAAAGACAUGGACAAUGACAACUGCACGUGCAAGUGUGCGCUGAUGCUUAGCGGGGGAUGGUGGUAUGAUGCCUGUGGCCCAUCCAACCUAAAUGGGGUGUACUACAGACAAGGUCAACAUAUUGGAAAAUUCAAUGGAAUCAAGUGGCACUAUUUCAAAGGCCCCAGCUACUCUCUCCGAUCCACUGUCAUGAUGAUUCGACCGGCAGACUUCUCAUAAUUCCCAUUUUGGUGAAGUGUUACUUUUUGGCCCAUGGCAAUAUCAAGUAACACUGUAUAAGUGGUUAGCUGCUUGCCAUGUGGAUAAUGCAGCAUUCUUUUGGAUAACAGCUCUCCAGGAAACAGGAAUCCUGUGAAUAGGAGGCUGUCCUAUCACCUUUGUGGGACUACAUGGGAGAUGGCAUGGUCUUUGGGAAUUUAGGGCAGGAGGUUGACUUGGCUGGGCUUUUAUUUUUAAGUAUCAGAGGUAUGAAUUCAAGUGCCAUUCACUUGUCACUCAGGACCUAUGGACUGCUGAGGCAGGCACAUCACCUUUGAUGGCAGUGGACUGGGUUGCAUCGUGUAGCAAUUACCCCGUGCUCAUCUGGCUUUCGAGUCUCCAAGUGAAUUUAAAGCAACUUGAAUGUCCUUCAGUAUCCUAAAAGGACCUAUUAAUGUUUAAUACAAACAUGUUGCACAGUUAUAUUUGGGUUGUGAUACUCCACAUUUUUAUGCCUUUUUAUCCCAAUAUAUUAUUAUUAUUAUUUUAUUGUGUACUUUAUUCCUGUCAAAGUGAAGAAAACCAUAGCAUGCAGAAUUAAUGGUGACUUACAGUGCUAUUUACAAGGGACAUUUUCACUAAAGAAUAGCACAUCCAUCCUCUCGAUUGUAUUGAUUGUGCAAACUGCAUAUUAUUAUUAUUGGUUUUGAACUUUGGUGACCUUUUAAACACAUCGUAACUUGGCAUAACAUUUUGAAAUGCAUGCCAAAGAUCACAGCUAUUAAAGAUAAUACCAUUAAAAUAUUGAUCUAAUAUUAAUCAUCAUUAGAACUGAUGGAGUAAAGCCAAUAUUUUGUUUUUGUACUCCACUGGUGCAGUAUUAUACAUAUAAUAAUGUUUUAAUUGAUUCAAACCAUAUUGUCUUAUGAGGAUUUGUCAUAUUAGGAUUGUUUUGCAGUCGUAUUUUGCAGCUCUUCUCUAAAGCAGUGUUGCUCUUACCGACAAGCUUGGAUGAACUUAUUGUAAUUUUAUCCUUAAACCUAAGACUAUAGGUUUGCAAAAAGUGUUUAAUAAUUCUGAAUGACUGUAUAAUUGAAAGUAAACGUUUUGAUAUAUGGAGUCAGAUCUGAGUUUCAUUUGUACAUGAUGUUUAAUUGUAGCAAUCGUAGGGCUGGUUCACACAGACUGCAUCUGUUUCGAUAUGACACUUUUAACUGUUUUCACAUAUAAACAUUUGCUAAAAUGAUGUCUUUAACUGUUAUGCUACGUUUGCUACUUUUGAAAGCAUUGUGUGCUUGUUGUUAACAAAUCAAGUGAAGUUAAAAGUUAAAACCGCAUCUUUUCCAUUCCAUCCAUUGUGUGAGUGAGCCAUUAAGACUUUUGGUAACAAUGUACAAUAAGGUUCCGUUUGUUAACAUUAGUUCAGUACAUCAGUUAAAAUUAACUAAUAAAAUGUAAAAUUAAAAAUCCUUCUGAAGCAUUUUUGUCUUUGUUAAUGGUAAUUUCAACAUUAAUAAUAUAUUAUUUAAAUCCAAAGUUGUAUUUGUAUCUUGAAUCAUGCUAAUUAAUGGACCUGAGCCAACAUGAACAACGAAAAGUUGUAUUUUUAAUCAUUAACAUUAACAAAGAUUAAAAAAUACUAUAACAAUUUUAUUGCUUAUUGUGAAAUAAAUACAUUAACCAAUGUUAACUAAUGGAACCUUAUUGUAAAGUGUUGCUGGACUUUACAAAUGUACAUAAAUUCUCUCGGUACAAUUGUUUUGGUUUGUGGAAGAAAAAAAACAUUAUCUUGUAAGACUUUUUGAGUUGGCAGGAUUGUAAAGAGGCUAUGUUUAGCUUACUGGCAUGCUCACAAAAGUCAUUUGAAUACCAUCAGAAUUCCUAUCUUUCAUCAAAAAAAAAAAAAGUCUGACAAUACUCUUCUAGUAGAUUGUUGCUGUAUGCAAGACUACUACUACUGUCUUCCAUCAAGUAACAACAGCAUGGAGCAUUUUACUGGAAAGUGGUACUUUUAUUGUAAAUCCAUAAACUGUCUGGAAAGCUGCAUGAUGGCAUGUUUCAUAUCACACUCCAAAUACUGUAAUUUACUGUGUUUAAAAUUGCUUUCCAGAGGAAAGCACUGCUUUACUUUUUUUUUAUUAGCUCAGAACCAUCAACAUGUUCUGAAUUAAAGAAGAUGUAGCUGAAGUAACAUUAAUGAUAUUGACCUUGUUUGCCUGAUUCAAAUUUCAUUUGCCAUGUUAUUUAAAUGCCUCAUCCUUUGUAAUUAUGUUCAUGACUUUAUUCAAAAAAAUAAACUCGAUGCCCCAAGCUUA